UUUUCGAUGAACGGAAACACGUUAGCUUCUGAAAGCACAAUUGUUUAUCCGCAGAUCUCGCUAGGUGGCAUGAGAGAGACGAGUGUUAUUUUGUGAAUUUAAGCGGAACCAGCCUUUCAGGAGAGAAGGGAGCAGCCAGUCUGAACAGGCUGCCCUCCGAAGGGAAGAGCAGGAUGUAGGAAGAGGGAGCAUCGGGAGGCACGAUGGGCACUGGGGUUUAGGAUUGGUCCUUGGCUUUGUCAAUCACUUUGAAGGGGUUGAGAAAGAAAAGGAGGGUUGUUGCCGCAGCUCUUUUUCCUGCCGAUACCCCUAGAUGAGGAGGAGGAGGGGGGGGGAGAGAGAGGGAGAGAGAGAGAGAGAGAGGAAUAAAUCGUAAUAAAAAUACGGGAUAAGGAUUUUGAUGGGAGCACUCUGGUUUCCGCAUGAAGGAGGGAGGGGCUGAACAGGGAGAAAGUCAUCCCCUGGGACAACGUGGAGCUGCACACACGAAAAGCUGGGUUGACUGUGACUGGAGCUUGAAAUGAGAACAUAAGCCAGUGGUCCACUGUCCUUAAGAUGCCGAAGGAUGAAUGUGGAGAUGACCUGGGAGCCUGACAGUGACACUUGUGGUGCCAGAGAGGAUCAUUCUAACUGUAUUUCUGAGUGGGUUAGUCGGAAAAGCAGCCUUCAGCUGGAAGUAGAGGAAAACUACUCUCUGCCUCCCAGCCCUGAUUGCAGCUUUGAGGGGCCUUCUGGCCGACAGGAUCUCCCUGUAGAACUGCACUGUGACGAAGAGGAAAGUCACGAUAUAUACUGUCAAUGGAAUGAUUCAACCACAGCUGGGGUCUUCAUCACUUCUAGCACCAACUUUGACUUGCAGUGUGAAGAUGAAGACCUGGAGGUCCGUUCAUCUGAGCAUGCUAAAAGGGCUCAGGAAAAGAUAAGUAAGGAUCGUGAUGACAUCACAGUCACUGAUUCUUUUGAUGAUGAGGAGCUGGUGUCUGUGGCUGGAGAUACUUUGCCUUAUUGUUGCAAAGAGUGUGGAGAAAUUUUCCACAAUCUCAGUAGAUUGCAGGAGCACCAGGAGUGCCACAAGGCUGAGCGUUCAUACUGGUGCCCUGUCUGUGGCAAAGAGUUCUUCCGUACGGCCAACUUAAGAAUGCACAAACUCAUCCAUUUGAGUGACAGGCCAUACAAAUGUCCAGAGUGUGACAAGGGUUUCAUUCACAAAGUUGACUUCUGGAGGCACCUUCGAAAUGUGCAUAAGAUAGAACAUUCAAAAGCAUUGAAAAACAGGUCUUUAAUUAUAGUAUCUUCAAAGCAUCAGAACAAAAACAAUGAUGGUAUUGCCUCCCAGGUAUGUAAAGGGGAGCCAGAGAGAGAACAGCCUAAACCUUAUAUAUGCCCCACUUGCGGCAAGGGUUUUCGUACCUCUAACUUGCUCUCCAAACACAAGGUUGUUCAUCGGCAAGAUAAGCCAUAUGAGUGUCAAGAGUGUGGGAAAGCCUUUGUUCAGCUAGUCAGGUUGAAAAGGCACCAGAAAAUUCAUACUGGGGAGCGCCCCUUCCAUUGUGAAGAAUGCGGCGGAUCUUUCACACGCCUGAAUUCACUGCAUCGGCAUCAGCGGAUCCAUACUGGGGAGAAGCCCUACUCUUGCACAUACUGUGCCCAAGACUUCACAGAGUCAGGCUCCUUGAGAAGGCAUGAACGCCUUCACCAAAUGAAAACAUUGUAGGGCCACUGCACAAAUCACAUUUGGGGUGGGUGGGAAACAGAUAUACACUUAAGAUAUUCUCUGUGUACACCUUAAAAUGUAAAGUAUGACUGUAACAGAUGUGUCUCAUACAGAUACUUGUCAGGGAAUCACCAUUGGAUGCAGUUCACUGCUGAGCGUACUCUUGGUGGCAAGCCUAGGGUUUCCUCUGUGUAGUGGGUGAAAUGACCCAUAAUCUCCAACACUUGUAGGCUUCAGUCCAUUUCUUUUCACCCAUGCAAAAUCAUCCAGCAAGAUAAGGAAGCUGUUCCACAACUGUUCUCUUCCCCGUGUGUCUUGUUUGUCCUUGCUACAAGCUUGUGAGCUAGGUCGCUCAUAAUUUCAUCUGGGGAAACUUGAGACUUGACCGAGCUCCAAUGCAUGAUAUUUGGCUGCCCCAAGUACCUACACUGCACAACCCAGAAGUUGAUCCCAGCAUCCUAUGCAACAUUGCAAAGGAUUCUGGGGAACAUCUCUCAGAAUGAUUGCCCAGGGACUUAUUGGCACUUCUAAAAAUCUUGCUGGCCCAGAAUUGGCUUGGGUUUCUUGUGCAGUUAGCUGGCUCUGAUUCAGCUACGUAAUUGAUGAAGAGGGUUGCAACAGACAAAAAUAAGUGACAAAGCACAUCAGUACAAAAAUCUUUAAUAUGGCAUACAAGAUAGCUUCUCCUGAAAGUGCCUGCUGUUCUUCACAUGACAUUAUUUAAUGUUUCCUCUUAUUAAGAGGGGAGACUAGCUCACACAUCAGAGAUCAUUUGAAGAAUUAGGUGUGAGCAUUUCUCCCUUUCUGUAACUUACUAAGAGGGCAAGGUCAAAGCCACUGAAAAAGAAUUUAUCCUGAUGUGUUUCAAGCCAGAACUGCAAUCUUCUAUGCUAUAUUCAACAUUUCUGCAUCUCUGUGGUGUGCUGCCUGUUUCUGUAGCCAGACUUGACCCAGGUCAUCCAGUGACCGCAUGGACUAAGCAGACAUGUGAAUCCAGAUCUCCCAAUCCCCUAGACUUCAUCUCUGUCCACUGAGUCACACUGUCUCUUAAGCAACUAUGUGUUCUGAAUGUAUAGCUGAAAGCAUCUUCCCAAGGAAUGAUCUGUGUAACUUUUUUUUUUAAGGAAGUAGUGGUCCUUUAAAGGAUCUUUCUAAGUAAAGGUUUUGCUGAUUGACCUUGGAACAGUCAGUAAAAUAUAACCUCUACCGUUCAUUUAAAUCUCAUAAGCAUGGAAAAAUAUUUAAAGGUGGAAGCUAUCUUCAUGAUUCUAUGAAAUGUCAUAAUUUCCGUGUGUAUGUGAGAGAGAGAUAGAGAGAAACUCUUAGAUAACUUCUCUCAGCCAAUACCUUGCAGCACUUGCAGUCUGUCCAGCUGUUUGGCAUGAUGACCUCUGGAAAGAGUUCGUUGCAGAGCUGUGCAGUUAAAAAAAAACACUCUGUCUUCCUCGGCAUCCUGUGCUUUGAAUGAAAAUCUCUUCAUGUUGAAAGCAAUGACUAUAUUGGAUGUAAAGUGCAUCAUGUCUAAUAAAUGGAAUAGUUAAUAG